ACCAUGGCCAUUUUAGAGAGCGUACCUGGCGUCACCGCCGAAGUACGAGUGAACAACAUAGCGGUCAAGGAGUAUGUCGACACGACCACGGAGGAUCCUCCGAACACAGUAAUCAAGUAUAUCGAAGCCAUAUCUGGACAAAACUUCACCGUGAAUUGGCAGUUCCAGCCGAAUUUUGUCCAUCGCAAUCACUCAAUUUACGCCAUCAUCUAUAUCGAUGGCAAGAACGUCUGUUCGCAGACUACCAUCGUGGAAAAGUUUCGGGGUAAUUGUUGUCGUCACGAGGAAGUGGGAGACAUCCGAAGCUAUCAAGGGGAGCAGCGGGUGAUGCAGAAGUUCGCGUUUUCGGCCAUCACAAUCGACGACGACAGCGAACGAGUUAUCUGUGACUCCUUAAAGCACAAGGUAGAUACUCUGGGUGAGAUCAAAAUCAAGUUGCUCAGGGUGAAGCACUUGGGCUACCAUGUCUCCUCCAAUCGCCGCGGACAUAGAAUCGCUUCCAUCGACAAGAUCCCAGAAAAAGCUUUGAAAGGAAAUGCCACCUCUCACCAACUUGGGCUGGAUCAACCCAUACCGAUACCGAGUGGCUCAGGCAGACGCACAGAUUUCGAUUACAUUGAUCAGAAGAGCUCUCCUUUCGCCAUCUUCAGUUUCAAGUACCGCUCUGUUGAAGCUCUGAAAGCGCUCCACAUCAUACCCCGAACUCCGCCUCCACGCCAGAAGGACUCCACGGAAUAUUUGAUCAAGAAAGAAGCUGAGAGUGAGAAUGCACGCAAACGUACCAGAGACAACUCGCAGGCUUCGAACAGCGUCGAAGGACGACCAACGAAGCGCGCGAAGGCCGACGUGAUCGACCUUACAGGUGAUGAUUGAGACCGGCAGUGGAGGAGAGAGCCAUGAGCAUCAUGAUUUGCUCGGCUUCUUGUGCUACAGUUCCAUGCUUUACGUCCUCUUAUUCUCGGCAAGGGAGGCAUAUGGAAUCCAUGGGAGACACGAAGGGGAUGAGGAGCAUAGUUUCUAAAAACUUUGGUAGCUGCGGCAUGAUUGAUUAGCAG